GCAACCAUGGCCAUACACAAAUCUCUCCCCUUUGCUUUUCUACUCAUUUUGUUAGCCUUUCUUUCUUUCCAAGUAAUAUCAUUUGCAACAUCAGCACCAUCAUCCACACUCUCAGAAGUAGAGGCUCUCAUGAAAUGGAAAGCCAGCCUCUCAACAUCACAGGCUCUCCAUUCAUGGUCUCUUCCUUCUGCUAAUUCUACCACCAACAUAAUCUCUCCAUGCAACUGGACUGGGAUCUCAUGCAACAUCCUUGGAAGUGUCACAGGGAUAAGCCUACCGAGUCUGGGUUUGCAAGGUAAGCUCGAUAACUUGAGUUUCCCGUCAUUUCCAAACCUCCUUCAUCUUGAUCUCAGCGACAACACACUCAUAGGAACCAUUCCAGCCCAUCUUGACACUCUUUACAAACUCACGUCCCUGAAUCUGUCUGCAAAUGAAAUAAGUGGAUCAAUACCUCUGGAAAUAGGGAAUCUUGUGAAUUUGAAUGAGCUUGACUUGUCCACUAACCAUCUAAAUGGUUCCAUCCCUUCCACUUUAGGAAAUCUGACAAAGCUUUCCAUCUUGUACCUGGACCAAAAUCGAAUCUCUGGCUCCAUUCCUUCACAAAUCGGGAAUCUACAAGCUCUGGUUGAGUUGACAUUGUACCAAAAUAAUCUGACCGGUCAGAUCCCUCCUGCUUUGGGUAAUUUGAGCAACCUUACAAUUUUGUAUCUCUACGAAAACCAAAUUUCUGGCUCAAUUCCACCUGAAGUAGGGAAUCUGGUUAAUCUCAAAGAGCUUGACAUGUCCGCUAACCUUCUAACAGGUUCUAUCCCUUCCACUUUGGGAAACUUGUCCAUGCUCACUCUUCUUCAUAUGUUCGAAAAUCAAUUCUCUGGUUUAAUUCCUACAGAAUUAGGGAAUCUAAGGAAUCUUGCUGAGCUAGGUUUGUACGGUAACCUUCUAACAGGUUCUAUCCCUUCCACCUUAGGAAACUUGACCAACAAAGGCUUAUGUGGUGAAGUCCAAGGUUUGCAACCUUGCAACGCCUCUUCAAUAAGUCAUGGUGAUGCAAGGAAACGCCACAAAGUUGUGAUCCUCAUUAUUCUUCUCUUCUCAGUAUUAGUUCUUUUAUUUGCAAUCGUCGGCAUAAUUUCUUUCAUUUAUUAUCAAAGAAGAAGAAGAAUAGAAAAAGGGGUUCUUCAAAGGAGCAGAGGAAAUACAUUUUCAAUAUGGAAUUAUGAUGGGAUUUUCACAUUUGAAGACAUUGUGGAGGCGACAGAGGGUUUUGAUGACAAAUAUUGCAUUGGAAUCUAUGGAAAAGUUUACAAAGCAAAUCUACCAGCAGGCCAAUUAGUAGCUGUGAAGAAACUUCACCCACUCGAAGGUGGGUACCAAUCUGAUCAAAGAAGUUUUAGGAAUGAGAUAAAAGCAUUAACGGAAAUCCGCCAUCGCAACAUUGUGAAACUUUAUGGCUUCUGCUCCCAUGCUCGAUGCUCAUUUCUAGUCUACGAGUACAUGGAAAGGGGAAGCUUGGCAAGCAUCCUAAGCAACGAUGAAGUAGCUGCACAAUUGAACUGGACUCUGAGGGUGAAGGUUAUCAAAUGUGUGGCCCAUGCUUUAUCUUACAUGCACCAUGAUUGUACCCUGCCGAUUGUCCAUCGAGACCUAUCAAGCAACAAUGUUUUGUUGAAUUCAAAACUUGAGGCUAGUGUCUCUGACUUUGGAACUGCACGAUUGCUGAUACCUGAUUCCUCAAAUUGGACUACACUCGCAGGCACCUACGGAUACAUCGCUCCAGAGCUUGCAUAUACAAUGAGGGUGACUGAAAAAUGCGACGUAUAUAGCUUUGGCGUUGUGGCACUUGAAGUGAUGAUGGGAAGUCAUCCUGGGGAGCUCAUCUCCUCUUUGUCAUCAUCAAGUGGACAAGAUACACUGCUAAAAGAUAUGUUGGACCCACGUCUCUCAGAUCCGAUGGCUGAUGUUGUACAGGAAGUCUUAUUUGUGGUAUCGAUGGCUCUUGCAUGCAUUCGGCCAGAUCCAGACUCUCGGCCAACCAUGCGACAUGUGGCUCAGGAGCUUUCUAUUAGAGGGCCUUCUCUCUCUCUACAGCCAUUCCAUGCAGUUACAUUACGUCAACUGAUGGAUCUGAAGCAUCCUCAAUCCACUGAAUUCCAGGAUUCCUGGAGAUCAAUUCCAUCACCUCAGCUUCUCAUCAAUCUGUUCACCCACUGGCAAAUAAUGGUAAGAACUCAAUUCUGCAACAUCCUCAACCGAUUGAAGAUCGGAGAGGUCUUCGUCAUUUCCAUCACCAUUGGUUCUGAUCACUGGACCCUCAUUCCCACAAACAGGGUUGAUGUUGUUUGGCAAUUCGGCAUUUUUGAGAGGUUGUGGACUAAAGAACUCUUGGAGAUCAUUUCCAUUGCCUUGUGUUGUGAAUACAUUCUCUCCACAACCCUUUGGAUUUCGCGCAUCAUUCUCCUGUCCACCAUCCUCGUGCAGUUCAAAAUCCGAACUCUCCUCAAAGUCAUGUUUGCUUUGGUGGUUGGUUUCUGCAAGAUGGGAGAAUCGUCAUUUGAAGCAAGCACAACUUCCGUUCUGACUACUUCUAGAUGA